AUGGUUGCGCUAAUGGGCCUCGUCGUCACAGCGUCGUUCCUUUUCUCUGACGGAGUCGCCAGGGGAAAUGCGACGCUGAGCGGAUGGUGGCCGACUGAUGCGACGUCGCCAGCCGUCGCACGCUUGCGAGGUGGUAACCCGGUGGACAGUCGUCGCAACGGUGGAGCUAACGGCAAGUGGGUCUCGGCUGCGCAGCGGGAGCAGCAGAGGCGGCGGCUUUGGUGGGCGGACCGGGAGGGCGAGGCGGCUGAAUCGAACGCCAUGGAUCCAGCGGAGCUGCGAGUGCGCGAGGAGAUGGUCUCUCUGCAGUGGCUCAAGUUCCGAUCGGGUCAGCUGCAGCUGCACGUGCACUCCAGUAACGAGGUCGACGUCAGCUUCUGGGGUGACGUGUUCCGCACCGCAUUCUCGGAGCUUUCUGGGCCGCACGAUGCGGCGCGCAGGGCGGCGAUUCGGCGGAUCGCCCGGCUGUCGACUCAGGCGUACGACGUGGAUCUCUCCGCCACAUUCCCCGUACGCGCGCGCUACACUCCGCAACCUCCCGUUUCCCCCAUAUGCCGUGUUUCGCCCGAAAUGGAGGUGGCAGAGCAAGGCGAGCACCCAGCAGCAGCAGCAGCAGCAGGCACAGCGAGUCAAAGCUAA